AUGUACUACUUUACUUCUUUCAAGCAACAUGGAUUAUCUUCACAACAAGACAAGAUCAGCACUAGUAGCACACCAUCACUAUUGCCUAGCUAUACAAGAGUUCCAAAGAAGCAACGUGUUAUCCCUUUUCUCUCUUAUGAGGGCUCAGACCCCUUAACAAGAUAUAUCCUUGUUACCCUUACCUUUCCCGCUGAGAAGCCCGAACGAGAGGAUAAAGCCGGUGAAGUUGCCUGCGAGAAUGCACGCAGGUUAGAAGAUAUGGUGAAUGACCAGUCAAUGGAGACCGAGGAUGUACAGAACGGGGCAUCCGGGUCUGUCGCCUUCAAGCCGGUGGAAGUGGACGAAUUGACGGAGUUGGACAAGGCGGGUAUAGACAACUCGACAGAUAAGGCGGGUGUAGACAACUCAACAGAGUCAAAGGAACUGGGCGCAGACAACUUGAUGGAGUUGGACAAGGUGGAAAUGACCAAAUCAAUGCAGUUGGAGUCGGUAGGCGCAGACAACUUGAUGGACUUGGACAAGGUGGAAGAAGUGGUCGAAUCGAUAGAGUCAGAGGGGACGGGUGCAGGCAACUUGAUGGAGCCAGAGAACAUGGAAGAUGACAAAGUCACCGCAGAAUUUGACAACCAAGACCACCACAAUGCUCGAUUAUCGUCCACCACCAACAACAGGAGUAAUCGAAACAGUCCCUGGUAUCGGAAGCGAAACGGCAAGAAUGGGCAGAAAAAGGAGACGGAUGUCCAGGUUCGGGAUCCCUUGACAGAACCUGCCGGUCUUGCUGGCCCAGGUUUGUCUACGUCAGAAGUGAGGGUGUCUGAGAUCUUCAUGGAACUGGGCAAGCAGAGACAAAUGUGGCUGAGCAGUAACAGCGUGAGCUUGAGGAACAUUGACCCUGAGGCACUGCUCAAGAUGGGGCUCAUAAUGGAGAUGGAGAAGGAUCAAAUUGUCAACCACAAACAAGCCAUCAAACGCUUUUGUGACUUGAAAGAGAAUGUCGAUUGGCUAUCACAGCUAUGGACAGACACGGGAUCCAGCCAGCCCCUGGACAUUGAAACCAUGUUGUUUUUGGAAGAACUCGUGCCGGAGGUCCGGAAUCUGUUAGAAAUGCUCCCUCCAGGAAUCUCUUCAAACAUUGAGUCCGGGGGUAAUACUCAAAGGUGGGAGUACCUGAGGGGGAGGAUUAAGCAUGGCAGGCUGGAGAUCAUGCUUUUAUAUAUGCCCAUUAUGGAUUAUUGUAACAAGUAA